GUUUCAUCAUUCGUGACCUUUCCCGUCUGGAAAGCAGCUACUAUUGGCCAGUCUGGGUACGCCUUGAGAGCAAAGUCUGCUUUGGGACGUUUCCUGGAGGCAGCAAGGCCGCCAUACAGGGGCAGCUUUGUGGUGGUCUCUGGGAGGACUUGGGCGCAGGCCAUGAUUUUCUUUGGUUCUGACGAGGGAUCUAGACUGCUCCGAAGAAAUGGUUGGAGCAGCACAACGGCAUCACUCCUGCCUCCGCUAUUGAUCUCCGCCUAUGUCCAGGUGGCAAACCAGCCCUUCAUUCGAUCUUCGGUUAUGCUUCAAGGAGAUCCGCAGGUAAAGUUCGCGCACAGCAGCAACUCACCGAAUCUGGCUGUCCUCCGACACCUCUGGAGGACAGAAGGAAUAAAGGCGCUGUGGUUGGGAACUGGUGUCAGUAUUGCCCGUACGGCUCCCAAGUAUGUGACAGCAAUUGGUGCCAAGGAUGCCAUGGAAGAGCUUCUGGCUCCAGAUGAUCAGACUUUCGCAAGUGCUGUGGUGAGAUCAAUCAAAAAGUCCGUCGCCGCCAGUGUGGCAGGAUCCAUCCUAACGAAUCCGCUCGAUGUGGCGCAGAAUGAGAUGUACCAGACAGGGGAUAGCUUCAUCUCCACUGUGAAGCGGCUCCAGCAAGUGGAGGGCUGUCAGCUGCAUACAGAUGUUCAUCACGUGUUUGAAUGUUGCCUUAGCAACGAAGAGGUUGGUGGCUCGCGAGAGGCUGGCUGUCAUCAAUGCUGCGCCAAGUUUUCUUGCGCAUGUCGCGCUUUGCCUGUGCAGAGGCGUUGA